AUGUCAACGUCGUUGAUAGGGAAGACGGUUACGCCGUUCUUGAAGGAGCACAUCCCUAGCCUCUAUGCUCCGAUCGGGAAACCACAGAACGAAGAGACCGCAAGGGAGAAGGAACCCAACAGCCGUUACUGCUAUCGGCACCGACCUGAUUCGAAAUGCCGGAGGGCUGCCGACGAGGCCAAGAUGGUCAUGAUCCAGAAUGAACUGGACAAACUCUCCUCGCCGGAUCAACAAGCUAUCACGCACGUGUGGUCUUUGUUUUCCGCCGCUCCUGCUCGCCACCGGGAGCUGAUGCUGCAAGGUGUACUCGCUCAGCUCUGCUUCCCCCAGCUGUCGCUCGUCUCCAGAGAGGUCAACGAGGCUCUCAAGAUCGACUUCAUCACUGCGCUCCCCGUCGAAAUUUCCCAGAAGAUAUUAUGCUUCCUUGACACAGUGAGCUUGACAAAAGCCGCCCAAGUCAGUCAGAGAUGGCGGCUGUUGGCGGAUGAUGAUGCGGUCUGGGUUCGCAUGUGUGAGCAGCACGUCAACAGAAAGUGCACAAAGUGUGGCUGGGGUCUACCCCUCCUAGAAAGGAGAAAACUUCGGAACUACACCAGACAGAAACAAAUGGCAAAGAGUAACCCGCAGGGAAGAGUGCAAGAGUUGAUGGACUCUUCGCGCGAGUCGGGAAGCCAACAACUUGUCCCCGCUGGGAAAAGGCAAGCAUCGACUUCUGAGGAGACGCCUAACGGCAAGCGACGCCGCGUUAAUGGCGAGGGGGCCGAGAAGCGGCAGGACCAAGAGCCGAAGAUGCGCAGUUGGAAAGCGGUAUACAAGGACCGGUGGCAGGUCGGGUACAACUGGAAGUUCGGACGGUGCUCAGUCAUGACACUGAAAGGCCACACCAAUGGAGUGACGUGCCUGCAGCUCGACGAUAAUAUUCUUGCCUCAGGAUCCUACGAUGCCACCAUCAAGAUUUGGAACACGGAGACUGGCGAAGAGAUCCGGACUUUGCGGGGGCAUGAAAAGGGAAUCCGCACCCUCCAAUUCGACGACUCCAAAUUGAUCAGCGGCAGUCUAGACAACACGAUCAAGAUUUGGAACUGGCACACGGGCGAGUGCAUCUCGACGAUUAACCACACGGACGGUAUUGUCAGUGUGCACUUUGACGCGCAGCUACUCGCAAGUGGCUCGAUCGACAAGAGUGUCAAAAUCUUCGACUUUAAAUCGCAAGAGACCUUUUGCCUGAAAGGCCAUAGCGACUGGGUGAACAGUACCCGUCUAGACAUUAACAGCAGAACCGUGAUGUCGGCCUCGGACGAUACAACGACCAAGUUAUGGGACCUGGACACGAGGCGGGUGAUCCGGACAUUCGAGGGUCAUGUCGGACAUGUUCAACAAGUCCUCCCUCUCCCUGCGGAAUAUGAGCCCGACGAAGAGUUGACGGCGGGCAUUACUGGGUCCGCGGAUAACACAGACACGCUCUCGGUUGCGAGUGGGACCGGGCGAGGAAGUACUCCGUCCAUUUCUUUUACACAACCUGAACGCUCCAGCAAUUCGACGCCUCGCGACGAUGAAAUUCGGGCGCUCUACGGCGAGGCCUUUGUGGAUGACCCGUCACGACCCUUGCCGCCACGCUACUUCUUAACAGGCGGGCUGGACAGCACGAUCCGCCUCUGGGAUAGUGCAACUGGUCGUUGCCUGAAGACCAUGUUUGGCCAUCUAGAAGGUGUGUGGUCACUUGCGGGCGACACGAUACGUGUCAUCAGCGGUGCCAACGAUGGAAUGGUGAAGUGCUGGGAGCCGCGCAGCGGCAAGUGCGACGCGACGUUUGUGGGCCACCGUGGCCCCGUGACAUGCGUCGGGCUCAGCGACAGCCGCAUGGCUAGCGGCAGCGAGGACGGUGAGGUCAGAAUCUAUUCCUUCAAGGAUGUUGUCGGGAAUGGAUCAGAAGUCGGCACUCCAAGCUGA